AUGCCAUACCUACUCCUCCGCUCCGAAGCUUCAACUUCACCUCACAAUUCAGCCUUCCUCCCUACCCCCCUCUCCUCUCCCCACCAACGUCCGAGGCAGGUUUCAAGCUGUCCGCAACCCGUAUUGCUUUUGCUCAAGCAUCGAUUGACGCAAGUUAUUUGUCACAAUGCCCGCCGCUAUUCCCCCAUUACCGGCAUGCUCCGCCGUGGUCUUGUCUUGGACCUGAGCACCGCUUUCGGCUUCGGUACUACCUUCGGCUACCUCUGGUGGUACGGCUACCACCUUCCCCGCGUGCGUGAGCGCGAUACCUACUACGCCCGCCUCGAGGCCGAGCGUGCUGCCCAGCGGGGUUAA